AUGGUCGUUUCGCGCGAUGAGUCCAGACAGGAUCCGGAGCCCGAAAGCAUCGUGGGUCAUCUGCAAGACCCGACUCGUGAAGAAGAAGAAGAAGAAGAUGAAGCAGAGACGCUCUCUCUCUGUGACCUCCCUCUCUACAGCGAUUCGGCCGAGUGGGACAAGGACGGCUUCUCCAAAGUGGUAGCGGAACCGGAACGAGCCCCGCGAGGCGCGUCGGCUGGUUCUUGUCAGGAUCAAGAGGACUUGUUCGAGUUCUCCUCCAGUGAGGACUGGAGCGUUUCCUCGGGGCACCAUUCAGGGCACGUGAUCUUCUGUGGCAAGCUCAUCCCGUAUGGAGAGCCGCUGCCCGUCGUGAACAACCCCGAUGAUCUCAUCGGAAAGCGUUCCGCAAAGCCGAAGAAAAGGCGGUUCUUUCGCUGGAAGCUGCGCCUGUUUAGGAAGUCCAGGACUUCGUAUUCGUACCGCAGGUUGAGAGCGGACAAGAAGAAGCGGUCGAAGCAGCCGGAAGUGUCCCACUCCAAGAACCUGCCGCUGGAGAAGCUCGGGAGCCUAGACGGGUCGGCGAGGAAGGCGGGAGCAAAGGGCAGGUGGUACUUCCUCGUGUUCGGGUCGACCAGGUUCCCGAUGGAGAUGGAGUUGAGCGACAUGAGGAUGAGGCAGAGCCGCCGCCGGCAGAGCCCUGCCUCGAUGUUCCAGUCGAUGGAUAGCGCCGAGAAGAAGUAUCCCAGGAAUUGGGGGCUGUGGCGGCUCUUGAGGACCUUGAGUUGCAGUCGCAGCAACAACAACGGCGGCGAUCGCCCUACAACUUCUGCGGUCAAGGCUUCGCCGGAUGAGCUGCAUUCCAACUCUCGAGGCUAG